GCGGCAGCUGCAGCCGGGACGCGACGGGAAAGUCGCUGGAGCCCGGGGACCGGAGCUACAGCUGCGGCGAUGGCGCACGAAGGCCCGGAAGCAGGAUGAAGUCAAGCUAUGGAGUCAGACAGACCUGUGUAUGAAUUAUGACUCCACUACUUCCUUACUCUGUGAUCCUUGGCAAAUUCUGUAAAAUGGGGAUUAAAAAUAGUAUGUAGUCUAAAAAAUGUAGGAAUUGAAUCCAUGUAUGUGACUGAUAUCCUUUAAGUGCCAGUAAAUGAUAACUACUAUUAUCAGCUUGUAAUUUGGAAAGUUUUUUAAAAUAAGCACAGGAAAAUUUGGCCUAUGUAUAUAUACACACUUAUCUAUCCGUUUAUUUAUUUCUUACAUUACUUUUAUGCUUAGGCAGCUCUUUCUCACCUAGAGAUUAUAUGACAAUUUAAACUAUUUUCCCCUACAUUUUCUUUUUUCUUUUGUUUUAUUUGUGUGUGUGUAUUUAUCCUUUAAUUCAUCUGGAAUUUAUUUAGAUGUGUAUUGUGGAGUGAGGAUCUAAGUUGAUUUGGGGAAAGGGAGGAGACACUAAACACAUCAGUAAUACCAGGACUGUUUAUUGACUUUUCUUUCUCAAGUUCUUAAACUCUUAAGAGUUUUGAACACUUUGAACUGGUGCAAAUAGCAAGGACUGUGCAAUUAGAGCUAUAUACAGCCUGGGUUCACUGUGUAAUCCCCAGCAAGUGGAGGUAAACUGCUGUCAGGUUUCGGUUUCUUUGUCUGUAAAAUGGGCUUAAUGAGCCGUUAUGAAAAUUAAAUUAGCUAGGUCACACACCUACAAAGCAUCUGUCACAUAGUAAGGCCUUGGUAAAUUAUCCCUUUCUAAAGGCUUUUCCUUCCUGCUAGACAACUUGAAGACGCUUCCUUCUAGCCCAUAACUACUUCUCCGCUUCUCCGUUUCCCGCCCUGAUUGCCCUGUUCUUUUCCCACAGAGGCAGGUCCGAGACCGCGGGGUGACCCGAUCCAAGGCGGAAAAGGUGCGGCCACCCACGGUUCCGGUGCCGCAGGUGGAUAUCGUGCCUGGGCGGCUCACUGAAGCCGAGUGGAUGGCGCUCACGGCUCUCGAAGAGGGCGAGGAUGUGGUGGGGGACAUCUUGGCUGAUCUGCUGGCCCGAGUCAUGGACUCUGCCUUUAAAGUCUACCUGACCCAGCAGUGCGUUCCAUUCACCAUCAGUCAGGCACGGGAAGCCAUGUUGCAGAUCACCGAGUGGCGCUUCCUGGUCCGGGACGAGGGAGAAUCUGCAGUGGCAGAGGACUCCACAUGGGGUGAGGACGAGGAACCCUUGGCUUGCACGACGGACGCCUGGGCUCAGGGAUCCGUGCCGGUACUACACGCGCCGGCCUCGGUGGGGCUGGAGGAUACCUUCCAAGGCGAGGACCAAGAGAGCGUGGACCAGAGCCCUUUAGGAAGGUCGUGGAUGGAUAUAGGCUCUCAGGAGCGGAUGGAAUCUUGGGAGCGUCCUCCUGAACUGAGAGUAACCCCGGGCUCCCCACCCACCCCGGAGAUGUUUCAGGAGACAGGACCCGGGGGUCCUUUAGAGAAACUGGACGACCAGGCGGGUGGCUACCUGUUUGCAGUCGGAUCCUCAGACGCUAGCAGCCAGCCGUCGGUGGAGAUGGCGUCUGCCGACAGUCCCCACCCUUCUCUGGAGCUGUCCUUGGUAGCCAGCCCUCAGGCCUCGGUCGGGAGGGCACAGCCCCUGAGCUCUGAGUUCUCGCUGGAGGACCUCUACUAUUGCACGCCCCAGCCGUACGCGGCUGGAGACCCGCCGGAGCUCAAGGAGGAGAAGGUGCCCCGCACCCCCUCGGGAGUGUCGGCGUCUGGCCCCUCUGCGAGCAGCCACACCACGCUCAGCCCCUCCGUGGGGUUCCAGCCGCCGCAGCCGGGGCGCGGCGACGCGCGGCCCCACGCGCUUCACUACAGAAUGGGCCGCAAGGCGGCGAUGGCGCGCCUGGGCCCCGCGCGGCUGCCACGCCACUGGGUGCGCCCGCUGGCGGAGGUUCUGGUCUCAGACUCCGAGGCGCGCCCCCUGGAAGCCUCCCGCGGGCGCCAGCGAGGCCAGAAGACCGAGACCCCGGCCGGACCGCAAGCCUCCGGCCCCAGCGUCCGCGUCUCCCCGUCAUUGUUCUUCCCUAUCCCGCCUGGCGUUCCUUCCCGAGCCUUGGGCCCCGGCCCCAGCCUCCAAUUCCCUACUUUAAGCUUAGGCCUGCCGUCGCCAGGCUUUGGUUCAAAGCUGCCCUUUCCCAGUCCUGGGCUCCGUUUUCUCGCCACGCACCCUGCGCGCCCCGACGUGGCCCGCAGCUCCAGCCCCAGACUAUGGCCGGGUGCCAAGUGGCCCAGCGGCUGGGAGGCGGAGGCCGAGUUGCUGGGUGAGCUGUGGGCCGGCCACACCCGAGUACCUCCGCAGGGCUUAGGAUCCAGGGACCGGGAGAGCCAGGAUCCUCGCAAGUGGCUUCAUCCCGUGCCCGGAGUUCUCGAGGCCACCUCCCAGGUGAUGUGGAAGCCCAUGUUGCUGCCAGAAGCGCUGAAGCUGGCCCCUGGUGUGAGUGUGUGGAACCCAACCACCCAGGUGCUGCUCAGCUCUGCUGAACCUCAACAGGAGGACAAAGAAGGUGGCACCUCUCCUCCCAUCCACACAGGUGCUCCGAAGCCCCAAGUGACUGUGGCAGAGCUAAUGAAGAACUCAGCCCCCAAAAUGUGGUCGCUCCCUUCCAAGCGCCUGCCCCGAUUCUGAGCACUGAACCUCAGGCAGUAGGAAUCCUACCUUUCUUCCAUCUGCUUGCCAGAAAUAAACACCUGAGUUGCCUUAAGAA